UGGGAAUAUUCUUUUUAUCUAUUCUAAAAUUGUAUUAUAAUAAUCAUGUGUAACAUGAAUUUUAAGCGCGUAAAUGAAUAUUCGUCUUUCUUUUCCUAUGAGACGGCUCUAGUUAAAUGCUGUUGGAUGAGGAAUCAGGUGGUUCAAGAAAAAAGCGGGGCAUUUUAUGAUGACAGUAAGGAUCUUGUAAAUGGCUUAGUCUGUAUACCGAAUGAGCAUCACUGGAGGUAUUGAAUGGCCGUGGGUUCGUAGUGUCUAAGUUAAGUACAAUGGCAUUGAUGUCGACUGCCUGUAUUUCAAAAGCCAGUUCUAUAGGGUGUUUAAAACGAUUAUGUAAGGUAUCAAACAGUUAUAAUGUAAUACAACUGGCAUCUAUGACGAGAACGGCUUUCCAAGAACCUAGAGCGAAACCUGCUCCAUAUCCAUAUUGGGAGAAACAAUAUGGAUCAAUAAGACAACAGUUUAUGGAUCCAAUGACAUAUAGAUUUGAUGAAAAUACCAGAAUAGUGACUGUAGAUGGUCCUCCUGCCAUUGGAAAGACGAAAUUAUGUGAAUAUUUAGCAAAAGAAUUUGGAUUGCUAUAUAUGCCACCACCUUCACACUUGGAAGACUUAUGUUUUACUCCAACUGGAUUCGAUAAAAGGGAAUUGGAUCCAAAACUUCCACCAAUCCUUAGAUCUUUUGUGUUAGAAGAUUUUUUAAAAAAUCCUAAUGAUAUAAGGUCCAACACAUUCCAAAUCAAUUUUUUUCUUAUGAGAAUGGAACAAUAUUUGAUCGCGUUAAUCCAUCUGUUAUCAACCGGUCAAGGUGUAGUCCUUAAUAGAUCCGUGUAUUCAGAUCUUGCUUUUGCUGAUGCAAUGUUAAAGAGUGGGUAUGUCAGUAAUGAUCUAGUCAAACAUUAUAUGUGUAUGAGAACUGUUCCAGAGAAGAACCUUCCAGAACCGCAUAUAAUAAUAUAUUUGGAUGCACCUGUAGAGACUGUUCAAGAGAAAAUUAAGAAAAGAGGUCGACCCGAAGAAGUUACGUCGAAGUUAUUUACAUCAAAAUUCCUAAGUCAUUUGGAAAAGUCAUACAAAGAAAAAUACUUAAAACCGUUGGCCAAGCAUUCGCAUGUAUUAGUUUAUGAUUGGUCUAAAGAUGCUGAUUAUAGCUAUGUAGUACAUGACAUUGAGAACAUCAAUUUCGAUGAUACUUCAAAUGGAAAAUUAUCUAAUUGGUCAUUCUGGACUGAGUCAGAAGUUAGAGAUUUGAGAUUAUCUGUUGUCAAUCUGGAAAUGUACUUUGUAGAAGCUGUGAUGAGAUCUGCUGACUUGUUUCCCGCUGAACUUUGUCCAUCAAGUAGUGAAAUUCAAGAUUCUGACGAGAUAAUAUUCAAUUGUACUGGAAUAAGAUAUGAUCAAAGGUUUGACCAUCUACCACUUCAUAAAGUUCUUCUCGCGCGAGAGCCACACGAUCUUCUCGCUUUCCGAGAAACUGCAAGGGAUUUAAUAAAUCUGACCAAAUCUAAAAUUACUUAAAUCAAUUAUAAAAAUUUGUUAUAUGUAUCUAGUAAACUGGAAUGUCUUUAAAUUGAAUAAGAAUAAUUAUUCUUACACUCAGUAUCGUAAUAUAGUAAAAUAAAUAUGUCUCUAUGUAAAAUUUGUAAUUGCUGUGUUAUUCUGUUACUGUUAUUAUUCAGUGCUUGAAGCAUCAUAAUCAAAUUUUCACUAUUUAUCCUGUUUAGCUCUCAAAUGGAAAAAAAUCUCAACUGACAUGUAGAACUCUGUGCAAUAUUUAAUAAUAUUAUUAUUACUUCAUUAUUAUGUCACAAAAAGUACACCAUAAAAAUAUACAUUGUUCACAAAAUUAUACUCAUUCAUACACACCAAAGUGACGAGUAAUUUAAAUAUAUAAAUAUAACGUUGAAUAUCAAG